CUUCAUAUGAAUGUAAGCUCUCUUCACAGUUGUCUCGAUCCUUAGAAUCUACUAGUAGUCAGCUAUUUAUUUAAUUUACUUCAGCCUCAGCUUACACCAGUGAAUCUACAGAAUGGCUCAGUCACCACCAGAUCUGAAGAUCCCGUCCUCUUCCACCAUAGUCCAAGUUCGGAUCAUCGACACGACUUCUCACAUUGAAGGGAUUUCGAUCGCUGGUUUCAUCGAACCUCAUAUCAAAGGAUUCGAUACCCUAAGCUGCCCUGCAUUUUCAUUUCUUAUCGAGCAUCCGUCGGGUCGAAAAGUCCUCUUUGACUUAGGCGUCCGGAAGGACCAUGAGAACUACGCCAAGAAUAUUGUCAACCGAAUCAAAGACGGAGGAUGGAAGGUUAUUGUCAAGCAAGGGGUUAAGGAGCAAUUAGAGGCCAAUGGAGUUGAUGGAAAGAGUAUUGAGGCUAUCAUCUGGAGCCAUUGGCAUUGGGAUCACGUUGGAGACCCCUCGACUUUCGAAAAAGACACAGCUUUGAUCGUCGGUCCUGGUUUCAAGAAGAGCUUUACUCCUGGAUAUCCCCAAAACCAGAAUUCGCCCAUCUUGGAGAGCGAUUACGAAGGAAGAGAACUGAGAGAAAUUGCUUUCGACCAAAACCUCAAAAUUGGACGAUUCAAUGCUUUCGAUUAUUUUGGCGAUGGAUCUUUCUACAUCUUGGACAGUCCUGGACAUGCUAUCGGCCAUAUUUGUGGACUUGCAAGAAUGAGCUCGAGUCCAAAUUCCUUCAUAUUUAUGGGAGGUGACGCCUGUCAUCACGGGGGAGAAUUCAGACCGACACAAUAUCUGCCAAUUCCAUCAUCCAUCUCCCCGAAUCCUUUCGAUAUAAAGAGCAGCAAGCCUUGUCCGGGUUCUCUCUUUGAUGACUUGUACCGAGAUGGAGACAGAACGAAGCCAUUCUAUGCUAUUGCUCGACUUCCGGAUGGAAAAGGCGUUGCCCACGAUGUAGACGAGGCUGAGGAGACGAUCAGCAAAGUCAUGGAAGCAGAUGCUCAUGAUGAGAUCUUCGUUGCGAUGGCGCAUGAUGAGAGUCUGCUUCCUGUCGUGGAUUUCUUUCCUAAAUAUGCCAAUGAUUUUAAGUCCAAGGGAUGGGUUCAGGAUACUAGAUGGUUGUUCUUGAAGGAUUUCGCUAAAGCUGUUGGUCAUUGAUGGCGCUCUGUCUGUUUGUUAUGUCUUGAGUGUUUUCUACUAUGACAUUCUUAGAAUUUGCCACUUGAGAUGUUUUGUUUUGUUAUGUUUUCGUGUGUUACGACUGUGCUACGCUUUCUUCCUCGUUGAUGUGUGGUUGUCUGACUAUGGAUGCGCUUUCCGGAGACCUCUUUUCGGAGCGAAUAUCUCUUCAGAUCUGGUGGUCGUUCGUUCUUAUGUGAUUAAAUAGUAAUUGGUCAUGACUGUCGAAG